CGAGGUCCCGGGAGCCGACGCGGCGGCGGCGAGUGACGCCCACGGCUCAGGCAUGGCGAGUUGGUGGCGGGCGCUGCCGCGCGCGGUCCAGCGCUACCCGUGGCCCACAAACGUGGUCCUCUACGCUGGGCUCUUCUCGGGGGGCGACGCGCUGCAGCAGUGGCUGCGGGACGACCCGCCCGACUGGCAACAGACGCGGCACGUGGCCACCCUGGCCACGACCUUCCACGCUAACUUCAACUACGUGUGGCUGCGUCUGCUGGAGCGCGCGCUGCCCGGCCGCGCGCCGCGCGUGGUCCUGGUCAAGGUGCUGUGUGACCAGGCGGUCGGCGGGCCCGUGGCCAUCUCUGGCUUCUACUGUGGUAUGAGUAUUCUGCAGGGAAAGGAUGACAUAUUUCUGGACCUGAAAGAGAAAUUCUGGAAUACAUACAUGUGUGCUCUGAUGUACUGGCCAUUUGUGCAGCUGACCAACUUCGCCCUUAUUCCCAUUCACUUGAGAACAGCUUACACCGGAGUCUGUGGCUUUUUCUGGGCCACCUUCUUGUGCUUCUCCCAGCAGAGUGGUGAUGGCAGCCUCAAGUCAGCUUUCACCUCCCUUCAUCUGAAGGACUCCAGUGCAGUAAAGGGCCUCCAGGGAACUGAGAAGUCAGACUCCCAGAACGACUAAAUCUUUUUCUUUUUUAAUGCAAUGGAUUGCUGUGGAUAAAAUAUGCUGAUUACCUGUUAUGUGCUCCAUUUUGCAUUGUACUGUUCCAUAGACCCCAUUGCUUUUUAAUUAUAAGUGAUAACAUUUUAUUCAACCUGUUUUUUUUUUUUUCUCUUCCAUCCUAGCCUGAAGGUAGUAAUUCUUAGUAUUUUCACCCUUCCAGUACUUUGGGUCAUAUCAGUAAUAGUGGUAAAAUGUAUUUUGUAGUUAUUACUAUUUCUAUUCUAGUAUUUCAGUGCCAGUGGGUUUAAGGAAGUCCUGUGUCAAUUUUAUACCUUUGUCUUCUAAAAUCUCAGGUUAUUUCCUAAAUAUUUUUGGAUCAGAUUCUCGUUUAUACCAAAAAUAGUUCUUAUAAUCUAUUGCUAUUCACAGAGAAUUCAACCAAGGAAAAGAUGGAACAAUCAGAUCUUUUUCUCCAAACUGCUAUAAAUUAUCUAUUGUUAUGCUGAUAAUACAACUUUUUAAGUAUAUUUUAUAUCAUCAUCAACAACAAAAACAAUAUUAUAUCAUCAAUAUGCCCUAGAUGGAAUGUAUUUUAUUGUUAUCUUCUGCUUUUAAAAUUUCCUAAGUACUUUUUAGUUAACUUUUUAAAUUUUUGAGCAUAUUCAGCUGGCUAACUUGCCCCAUGUUCUAGCCAUAUGAAUUAUACAAAACAUUUGACUUCUUAAAUAUUUGAGUAAAGUUUCUUAAAAAGUUAACAUUUUUUUCUUCUUCUAGAAGGUAGAACUCUACUUUAUAGGACUCCAGGGAAAAAGGUUACCCCAAUUUUACAUUGACAUUACAUUUCUAAAAAAUCAAUGCUUUAUAAUAAAUCUUGAUAGAUCAUCCUUAAUGUAGACUCAAGAAACUCAAUCUAGUCUUUCAGAUUUACUCAGUUUGUCUCAUCUCAAACCAUGGGUUUUGAAAUUUUUUGUAUAUCUCAAGUUAUAGCAAAUUUCAUCUGAUGGAAUAUUUAACAAAUUUAAAGAUGUGAAACACUAAAGUAUUCGUAAAUUUAUCUUGGGAAUUUAUGUUUAAGAAUGUA